CAUCUUCAUCAUUAUUUAUAUUUAAAUAGACAAAUAUUAUCAUAUAUCAUCAUUAUAUUAGUGUUAAUAUUUCGAUUUGAUCAUGUGAUCUGCCAAAAUGAUUAUUAUGAUGAUCUAUUGGCCAAUGUUGUAGGUGCCGGUAGCAAUGUUGGUGAUGGUGAUGAUAUGACAAAUGGGCAAAUGAAUAAUAAUGGCAAUAAUAUGAUGAUACCAAGUAGUACGAAACUUGAUUCCUUAGAUGUUAUUUGUGGCAAAGAGUAUAUGACUGUUCGUGCUGAAUUCAAUGGACAAUUCAAUGGUAUUAUUUUCUCGAAAGGAACAUAUGGCCAAAGUAAAUGUGUUUAUGUUAAACCACAUUCCGGAUUGACACAUGCAACAUUUAAUGUACGCUAUGAUGAAUGUGGAACGAAACCAGAUUUACAAGGAAAAUAUUUCGAAAAUACAAUCGUCAUACAAUAUGGUACUGAUAUUAUUGAAGCAUAUGAUGAGGCUAAACGAUUACGAUGUGAAUGGUUUGAAGCAUAUGAAAAGCCGGCUACAUUUCGACCUGCCAUUCCUGUCGCCGAUCUAGAUAUAAUCGAAAUGAAUUUUCAAGGUGAUGAGAUUGAUUGCUGGAUGUCUAUACAGGAAGGUAAAGGACCAUGGUCGAAUGAAAUUAAUCGAAUCGUCACAGUUGGUCAACCAUUGACCAUUGUCGUGGCAAUUAAUGAUAAAAAGAAUCAAUUUGAUAUGAAAGUAAAAUCCUGUUUUGCACAUGAUGGAAUCAAAGCACCAAUUUAUUUGAUCGAUGAAGAUGGUUGUAUACUACGAUCGAAAAUGAUUGCACCAUUUCAAAAGAUUCGAGGCCUAAAAGGAAAAGCAUCCCUCAUAGCAUAUGCACAAUUUUUAGCAUUCAAAUUUCCGGAUUCAGUUGAUGUACAAAUUCAAUGUACAGUGGAAGUAUGUAGACAUGGUUGUAUUGAUACAUGCAAUGAUGGUAUCUCAAGUAAUCCACAACAACAACAGCCACGUCAAAAACAAGAUCAUCAUCGAAAUGAUUUCCAUAAAGAGAAUAAUCGAUUUCAGAUUGAAAAUGUCACUAGCCAUAGAUUUGUGAUGGAUAAUAAAGAUGAUUUACUUGAAUCAGCUGAUACAAAUAAAGAACCUGUCUCUACAAAUGUUCAUUUGCCUGCAGAUAUUAUUAAUGAUAAUAAAAAUGUUCAGCCAGUACAUUUAAUUGAUGAUGAUGAUGAAAAUGGUAAACGAAAUUAUUUGGAUAUUAUUGCCGAUUAUCUUCAUAAUGUUGACGCCAAUAAAGAUAAAAUUAUUCAUAAUGAUUAUCAAGUCGAAACAAUAAUGGAAUCUACACCGAAUCCAAUAAUAUCAUCACAUAACAAUCAUCAACAUCAACAACCUAGACAUCCUACACCUAAACCAAUGAUUGAUAUUCCAAAGAAAAAAAUUAUUCGUCCACCAGCGCCACAAAAACCUUAUCCAAUUCCUAUGAGAAAUAUGAAUCUUGGUGAACCUGUUGCACAGGUUAUGACUAUCCCAUUGAGUCCAAUUUAUUCGAUGCCAAUGCCAUUGACAAUGGGACCGCUGACACCACCAAUUCAUCAACAGCAUCCAUCCAAAUCGAAUGGAUUUGGUUCAUUAUUAUUGAAUCCAUUCAAUUCAUUAAAAUUAUUUGGCAAUGGAAACAAUAAUAAUGGUGGUGGUGGUGGUGGUGGUAAUAAAAAAUACAUACCACAGAUAUUAUCAAAUUAUUUUCAACAAAAACGUCAACAACCAUCAUUACCAUCAACAUCGAUGAUGAUGAAUAUACCAAAUGAUAAUUUUGAAUUAUUACUCAAUUCAGCUAUUCCAUCAUCACCGCCGUCUCAUUCAUCCAAUGGAGGUCGUCUAUAUCGUAGUCGUCGUUAUAUCAAUGAUAACCAGGGCGAGAUUGGAUUGAAAAAAGGAUUUCAAGUUGUAACCACAUUAGAUCUAUCAUUUGCUCCGAACAUAUCACAGGAUAUGAUGCCUGUAUUUGAAGGCAAACCAGAAGCUGUUGUAUAUGGCUUAUGUUUUUCAAGCACAUAUUUUAUCUAUGCACUUGCUACGGCCAUUUCGUUUUUAUUUAGUGCUAUAUUCGUAUCGAUUUUUAUCGUUUGUAAAUUAGAAAGAAUUAAAGUGGCCAAAAAGAAUAUCGGAUGCUAAGAUUUUCGAAUGAAAGAAAGAAUCUGGGCCAAAUAUUCAUCAUUUUAUUUAUUUAUCCACGCUUUAUAUCUAUCUGUAUCUGUAAACGAUUUUGAAUAUUUAUUUUUUUAUAAAUAAAAAAUGUUGUUAUUUUUAACCAA